AUAAAAAGUCAUUAAAACCCUCAACCAUUUGGUCAGAAGAAUUCCAUUCAAUAGUCUAUCAACAUGAAUCGAUCACUGUUGAUCACAUUCUUCUUCUGCGUAGUUUUUACACUCGUUUCCUCAAAUCCAUACAAUACAAGUCGAACAUUUCAAAAUGCCAAACGAGACAUUUAUCAUAGUUUUGGUUUUGGCCAACCAACUGUGAUUGAACGUGCCACAUCGAAACGACCAUCUUUGGAAGAAUACAACAAACUUCGCAGUCAAUUGGUAGAAAAUGAAGAAUCACGUGGUUUCGGCUCGAAAAUCAAACUUAACGCUGAUGAAGUUUUGGCAAAUAAAAUCAUAAUGGCAGCAAAAACUAAAGAAUUCGAAGAAGGUCUUCAAGUUCCUCAUCUUUUUAGUCCAUCUCAGCAUUUUUUUACGGUUUUGGAAAAAAUAAGGGACUCUGAACUUUUCAAACUUCUGGAAGCUAUGCCAAAAGGUGGUGUUCUACAUGCUCAUGAUACCGCUUUAUGCAGUACAAAUUAUAUCGUCAAUCUGACUUAUAAGGGAGACCUUUGGGUUUGCAUAGAUAGCGAUCAAGAUGCUAAGUUGUUCCUUUUUUCGAAAACAAAACCGGCCAAUGAAAAAGGUUGUUCCUGGGAUUUAACAUCAAACGUUCGUGAACAACAAGGAGCUAAAAAGUUCGACGAAUACCUCAGAGGCCGAUUGUCACUAUACCCGACUAAAAAGUUCGAUGAUGUCAAUGCUGCAUGGCAGGAAUUUGUGAAAAUAUUUGGUCUUCUUAGUGGACUGCUGUUUUAUGCACCCGUUUGGGCUGAGUACUACUAUCAAGCUUUGACCGAAUUCCACGCUGAUGGAGUCAUGUAUUUAGAGUUCCGAACAACUUUACCUGUGCUUUAUGAUAUGGACAAUACCGUUUACACCAACAUUGAUACAGCUCGAAUCUACGAGAAGACCUUAAAGUCCUUCAAGGAUGCUAAUCCUGACUUUAUAGGUUCCAAACUUAUCUACGCACCUCAAAGAAAAGUCAAAGCUCUCAACGUCAAAGAGUAUAUUGCAACCGCAAUUGAACUAAAGGAGAAAUUUCCAAAUUUCUUUGCCGGCUUUGAUUUGGUUGGACAAGAAGAACUCGGCAAACCACUAAUCGAUUUCCUCCCACAACUUCUCCAAAUACCCGAUGACAUCAACUUCUAUUUUCAUGCUGGCGAAACAAAUUGGUUUGGUGCAACCACAGAUGAAAAUCUCGUCGAUGCCGUACUCCUCGGCACAAAACGCAUUGGACAUGGUUUCGCACUAAUUAAACAUCCUGGUGUCCUUGAACAUCUCAAAGAAAAUAAUAUCGCUGUCGAAGUGAAUCCAAUUUCCAAUCAAGUACUACAAUUGGUCACCGAUUUGAGGAAUCAUCCGUGUUCGCAUUUAUUUGCGGACAACUAUCCGGUGGUUAUAUCAUCGGAUGAUCCUUCAUUCUGGAGGGCUUCACCACUAUCACAUGACUUUUAUGUUGCCUUCUUGGGUAUUGCAUCAGCUCAUGCUGAUUUGAGGUUACUCAAGCAAUUGGCUAUUAAUUCAAUUGAAUAUAGUGCCUUGAGUGUGGAUGAAAAGGAGCAAGCAUUUGCAAUGUGGCAAGUGAAAUGGGACAAAUAUAUUGAUUGGGUGAGAAAUUCGGCUGGUUCAGCAGGAGCGGCAGCGUUGACAAAUAAUAUCGAUUGACUGGGGGUGGUGGUGCGAUUCGUACCGCCAUUGUUUAUAAUUGUUGCCAGGUCAACAUUUUUGUACAAAUAGAGAGAAAUUACAAUACUACUACAAUAUUUAAUAGAAAUUGCUGAUAGAUUAAGAAAAUUGGAAAAGAAGAAGGACAUUCCUGGGAGUAAUAGAAUAGAAACAGAAGGACAUCCAGAAAAAGAGAGAAUAUAUAAAAGGAACUGCAUUUUAUAAGCUUUAAUUAAAAGAAAGUAUUUUUUUUGAUUUA